CUAUUGUUCGCCAUAAUAAUCCGAAUCCCGCCGCAUUCGGUGAGAUUGGGGGGGUGGAACACAAAAGCUGAAAGCUAAUAAACAACCUAGCUAACCUUAACGGAUAAAACAGGGUCUUGUCUGGCACUGCCACGGCCGCGGGUCUUGGAUGAUGAUGGGAUGAUGGAUGAUGGUGGUUGAGGGUGCGGCUGCUGCUACUGCGACUCCAGCAGAGCAGGCAUGCUCAAGCCAUAGUGCAACCAGAGCAGAUAAUAAUCUCAUAGAUUAAAUUUUUACUGUUGCUGCUUGGUCCAAUUAAUUUUGCUAAAUUUGCUGUGCUGGUGGGUGGUGCUGGAGCAAAUAAUAGAUAUAAACAUCUCUCCAGGGCAAACCCAAAGCGGCGGCCUUGCCUAACCCUUCGCCCUUGGCCAGCCCCGACCGACAGCUCAUCCGGGGCAUCGCCAGCUUCCACACCCACCACAACCACAACCACAACCACUAUCACCACAUCCUCCACAUCCUCCACAUCCUCCACAUUCCUCCACAUUCCUCCAACUGCCAGUCAGUUCCAGAUCAUCCUCAUCUAUUUCCAUCUCCCCUCUGCUGCUGCUGCUGCUCCCUCUCUCCCAGUUUUCGCCCAAGCUCUCCAAGCCCAGCUCGCUUUCGUCAUUCCGGAGCUCUCUCUGCCUACCCUCCAUCUACCCAUCCAUCCCUCCAGCGAGCCGUCCCAACAACCUCCUUUCCUACCUUCUCCUACAGCCUCAUCUCUGCCAUAGCCCAUUCACUACCACUCAGUCCAACCCUGGCGUCUCUUCUCCUCCCCUCCCCUCCGUUCGCGGAUUGUCCCGUUCACUCCGCUCUUCCUCCUCUUCCUACGCAUCACCACCAUCGUCCGUCUUUCUUCUGUCACUAGCUCUAUUCGAACUAAUCCGCCAGCUUUAACUCUUCCUCCCCCAGUCAGCCUCCGUCCCGUGGCUUCCUGCCCCAGGUGGCUGGCGGCCCUUGUUUUUGCACAUAAUAUACUCGCAAUAUUAUAUAUACAUACAUACUUACAUAUCCUACCCGGCCAAUCCCGACCCAAUCGCGCCUAUUAGCCUUCUCCGUCCUUGCUACCCGAGCCUGUUGUCGACGCCAUAUACCUCUUUCCACUCAAGGCCGUGGAGCGCGUUUUUCCUCCAUCUUUUUCUAUCUCCAUAGCAUCAUCCGGUAAAAACACACCCCGUCUCCUUCCUCCGGUUAGGUGGUUGGCGUCAUCGUCGCCAAUAGUGUUGGUUUUGUCAGCGGUACUCGAGUUCGGAUAAGGAUGGGCGGGUGUUGUAGCUCAACUUCCGGCGGCGAUGUGGAACAGAAGAAGAGGAGUCAAAUGAUAGACAAAGGCAUUGAGGAUGAUAUGAAGCGAUUACGGAGGGAAUGCAAGAUUCUACUGCUUGGUUCGGGAGAGAGCGGGAAAUCGACCAUCGUAAAGCAGAUGAAGAUUAUUCAUCAGAAUGGGUAUUCUGUGGAGGAGCUUACCAUGUGCCGCUCGACAGUUUACAAAAACCUGUUAGAUUGCGCAAAGGACCUGAUAGGCGCCCUGCACCAUUUCGAAUUACAACCCUCCAGCCCGAAAGUCAAAGAAUACAUGGAGUACCUAAACUCAUACCAGAUCGAUCCCGACCCAAACACCCCAAUAGAUCCGAAAGUGGGCGAUGCUGUGACGUAUCUGUGGAACGACCCCAUCAUGCCAACCGUAUUAGAGCACCAGAACGAGUUCUAUCUCAUGGAUUCAGCACCUUAUUUUUUCGACGAAGCGAAACGUAUUACUGCGCCGGACUACAUACCCAACGAGGCCGAUGUUCUUCGCGCCAGAACUAAGACCACCGGUAUAUAUGAAACCAGGUUUACAAUGGGUCAAUUGAGUAUUCACAUGUUCGAUGUUGGGGGUCAACGGAGCGAACGAAAAAAGUGGAUUCACUGUUUUGAAAACGUAACAUCGAUAAUAUUCUGCGUUGCAUUGAGCGAGUAUGAUCAAGUGUUGUUGGAAGAAAGUAAUCAGAACCGCAUGAUGGAAAGCUUAGUGUUGUUUGACUCUGUUGUUAAUUCCCGGUGGUUUAUGCGAACGAGUAUUAUCCUUUUCUUAAACAAGGUCGACCUCUUCAGACAGAAACUCGGCCGGUCCCCGCUUAACAAGUACUUCCCUGAUUACUCUGGCGGCAACGACGUUAACCGAGCUGCCAAAUACCUCCUAUGGAGAUUCAAUCAAGUAAACCGGGCGCAUUUGAAUCUCUACCCUCACCUCACACAAGCUACCGAUACCUCAAACAUCCGGCUCGUCUUCGCCGCCGUUAAAGAAACCAUUUUGCAAAACGCCCUCAAGGAUUCGGGAAUACUCUGAAAAACAGAAUGUCACUACCACCACCCCUUUGCCUCGAUCACGAUAAACACCUCUCCCCAACCACCUCCGAAACCAGUCUCAAAAUGAAAAAGCCCUAAUGCCUUACAUGCUUCCAUUGAUUGGCACUUUAGCGCCAUUUUCGAUUAUUACUUAUUUAUUCAUAUUCCUAUUUUGCUUCCUCAUCUGGGAGCUCGGACGGCGUUUAACUGGGUUUUUGGGAAUAUUCCGUUGACAACUUUCUUUUUCUUUCUCCUAUUUUUGCUUUUUUGGCGCUGUCUGGUAUGGCAUAACAAACAACAAACCUUCCCCUUCCCACCUCCUUUUUAAUCCUUUUACUUCUUUAUAUUUUUCUAUUGCGACACGGCACAACGACGGCAGUUGGAUAUUUUCCACGGCUUUUUAUUUUAUUUUCAUCUACUAUUUAUUUUUCUUUUCUUUCCCUUUUUUCUUGGAUAUUAUUUCCAUUUCUUCCAAGAAGCCUGCUUUUGAUUUCUUAGUCCGAUUCUUUGCGCAACCUGUAGUCAGCUUCGUUCAUUUUUGUUCCUUUUUCAUUGCUCUCUGGUCUGUCUUUUUUUUUAACUACUGUUCUCCUUCCAAUUUUCUCUCGUCCCUACGCCUUAUUGCGAUUUCAUUGCGAUUUCUUGCUAUUUAUCAAUCUAUGUAUGUGUCUUCCUGUUACCCCCUAUUCCCGAUCUCUUUCCUUGAUUUCAAAUCCACAGACAUUUGUUGCGAGCGGUGGGCUGGAAAGAACGGGCUAACCUGGCCUCCCUACCCGUCUUGAUAUCUACUUCUAGUGCAGGUGUGUGUGUGCAAGUGGUGAUUCAGCUUGUGUCCACCACGCCCGGGUUCCUGUCCAUGUCCCUUUUGCGAGCAGGUAUACUCGAGCGAUCGCGCGCAUCGUGAUCGUGGGGCAAUACCUUUUUCGCUGUUACAAUCUUCCUUGUCUAUAUAUGUAUAUGAUUUUUAUCUGGGGGAGGGGGGAAGGUGGGGUUUUUGCACCCACCAUCGAUUUCCCGCUGUGUUUGUAUAAGCCUAUAUGUCCGAAGAUAACGUUAUUGUUCUUGAUCCAUUAUGUAGGAAAUCAUUCCUAUGUUACCUGUCCCUAACCCCUUCAUUCUCUGGUUUUUUUCCUCUUUUCUUUUGCUUUUGGUUUUAUUUUGCUCUUAUGACAUUUUUGCCUCGAAGCUGAUUUCUUGUUCUGCCUGGAUUUGUGUGAGAGUGUGUUUUCUACCUCUGGGCUUUUCCUAUUGGGGGCUUUUUCUUUUUUCUUUUUUCUUUUUUUCUUUUUUUCUCUUUUUUGAUGGUUUAUUUUAACUUUUCUUUGCGCUCUUGCUUGUCUGAUAUCACUAUUUUAUGUAUGCUGUUACAAGUUAUUUACGUUUCGAUUUUGCUUUGAUUUUUUUUGGCCCUUUUCCAUUUCACUUCAUCUCGUACCGACACUUGAAUUUUUUUUCUUUUUGGCUUGCAUCUAUGUCAAUGCAAGUAACGGCUCUGUUUCUAUAUUCCUAUAUCUCCCCACCAUAUCUCUCUUGACAUUUCUACAUAUACUAAUCUUUGUUCACCAGAAAAAAAAGUUUGACCUUUAUUUUACUGCUCUCAAACGCUUUUGACUCCCAUUUCUUUUAUCUUACGUUAUUACUUCGCUAUUAACUGACCUUUUUUUUUUCCAUGAGAUAUAUGUGUGGAGGGUUAUUCAUUGAUUCAGUUCUUCUCCUUUCCAUCUGGUUCUUCAUCUAUGGGUAGAUAUUUUCUGCUUUGUACCUAUUUUAUAUCGUGAUAACAAGAAUUUUAAUAUCAUAGCUGAUUUACUCUAGUUUUUGGCAGAGUUCAGCUUCUCGAUGAAGUUUCCGCUGGCUCACUCACAUCAGAUACGAUACAUGCAUGGCUUCCUCAGGGGCAUUGAUUAUCCUUAUGAUCAACUGGCAUUGAAUUGACGUGCUCCGGAAAUGGGUAUUCAUUGAAAUGGUUAGCUUUGGGGUACGCUCGCCGUUACUCUGUCGACUUAAAAAGCCACCAUCUUCAGCACCUGAAUAUAACUCCUCAACCCGGCGAGGUAAAACCGCACCCCCGACUUCGUCCCGCUUACAUUGCUACCAAAAAGCCAUGACGCAGUCCCACUAAACAGACUCCCUUCCGCAAUCUUCUGGAACGUCUGCAACCACAUUUUCUCACUCUCCGCCGUUGCAGUGACUGUACCAGCGCUUCCUCCACCUGUCCCAGCAGCUGCCGCAGCUUUCCUGCUCAACUGAGCUUUUCCAAUCAAGAAAGAAAUGAAACCUCACUUGCGUCUCGAUGGCCGGAGGAACAUUAGUGAACGGACCCUGUGGUCCCGUAAUCACGAAGAGAUUGGGGAAAUUGGGGACGGAGAUUCCCAGGUAGCUCGUCUGGCCUCCUUCAGCCCAAUGUUCCUGUAAUGUCUUCCCGCCCACGCCGCGGAUUUGUAGUCUGGUGUAGCUGCCAUCGACCGCGUCAAAGCCGGUAGCGAACAUCACAACAUCCAAUUCAUACUCCGUCCCAUCCUGUGUCACAAGGCCCCUUUCUGCGAAGUGUGAAAUGGGGUUUCCCGCACCCACGUCGACAAUAUGGACAUUGACCCUAUUAAACUGCUCGCAGUAGCCACUAUCACAAAGCGGGCGCCGCGCAUACCGGUCCGUGGGCAUGAGAAUCCUCGCCUUCUCCGGACCGUGGACGAUCUCUCCAAUCUUCUUCCGAAUGAAAGUACACGCCGCCUCGUUCGCGACGGGGUUGGUAGAGAUGUCGCUAAAUCCGCCAAACAUGAAAUGGAACCCGUUCCCGUGUUCCCACAGCUGCUCGAAGAUAGCCUCCCGCUCCGCCUCCGGCACAGACUCGUAGGCGCGCGUCGAUUCCUCGAACCCGCAACCGAACAGGGAGUUCUGCACCUGCGCCAUGAUCGCGUCAUAGUCUCGAUUGAUCUUGGCGCGGUGAGAGGCGCUGACGGGCCCGUCGCCGCUGGAAACAGGUCAGCCUCUUCACUUGGCCCGCAAUCGCCGUUAUGACCUGUUUGCCCGUGAACCCGGUGCCGAUGAGGCCAACGCGCUUAUCGCGCACGUCUAGAUCCACCGGCCAGGCGGCCGUGUGGCAUAGCGUACCCCUGAAAUCUCCCAUGCAGUGUAUGUUCUGGAAAUUCUUCUUGGAGAGAAAACCCAGCCCCGUCACUCCACUACAUUAGGCGGGGUUUAUUGGAAGGGUAAUCUUUCUUCUCCCUCUCCCCCCCUCCCCCCCUUCCCCCC